AAGUGUUUACUGAGCCCUUACUAGGUGCCAGGCAUGCAUCUCCUCCCCUGGACGCUGCCCAGAAGCCUCUGGACAGCUGGAGAAAGUAGCCACGAUGCUUGGUUUGGAGAACAUAAUCCCUGGCCUUGGGGCCUCUCCCCCUGUUUCCUUGCCAUCCCUGUGGGGAUUCCAGCUUAUUUCCUGGGGAGCUCUCCUGCUGCCCUCCCUUCUUCUCAUCUGUUCGACAGGUCAGAGUAGGCUCUGUCUUCAAGAGAGGAGGAUCUGAUCUUCACCAUGUCGGACCUAGAGAAGGCCAUGAUGGCCAUCAUUGAGACCUUCCACCAGUAUUCCGGGAAAGAGGGUGACAAGCACAAGCUGAAGAAGUCAGAACUGAAAGAGCUCAUCAACAAUGAACUCUCCCACUUCUUAGGGGAGAUCAAGGAGCAGGAGACAGUGGACAAAGUCAUGGAGACCCUGGACGCCGAUGGAGAUUCUGAGUGUGACUUCCAGGAAUUUGUGGCCUUUAUCGCCGUGAUCACCUCUGCGUGCCAUGAGUUUUUUGAACACGAGUGAAACCCCCAAGAAGUUCCAUCUGUCAUGAAAAUCAAGCAAAGACCCCAUUGGAAUUUUAAGCAAAGCAGAGCUUGUGGUCUGAUAGGACCUCUGCUGGUCAGCCCCCAGGUAGCUUGCUUAGUAGGAAGUUUGAUGCGCUUCGUGAAGAGAGACAGGAGAGUUUCUGCCCUGACCAUCUCAAAGGGCCUCCUCUUCACUCUCCCUGCAGCCUUUCUUUGUAAUCCCUCCCCAGAGAGAAGCGAGAGCCCCCCACUGCCCCAUCAGGUCCACACCCAAUGGCCAAUCGCAUCCUGCAGGAAAGGUCUUGCUUCCUUUUGCGAGUGCUAAGGAAAGGCAAGAUGUUUGAUUCGAGAUGGUUGAGCCUUCUACCAGGCAUGGGGGACCGGAUGGCUCUAACACUGGGGGCGUAUCCCUGAAGACCACCAAGUUCCCUUGAGGUUUCCACAGCUCCCCCUAAGUCUCCAGCUUUAUUUUAGAAUAUAGUGUUGCCUCCGGUUGGCCAAGUGGUUUUCCCUGUCCUCAAAUUUGCUUGCAAUAGCCAGAAAGGGAAACCAAAAUAGUUGGUUAAUAUCAACACACAGCUGUGUAAAGCAGGACAAGUAUGGGGAUAUUUGCCAUCCCCUUUCCACGGGGAAUGUGAGCUCCUGGAGGGCCAGGCUGCAUCACUUCAGCUCAGAGCAUGGUACCACACACACAGCAAGUGCUUAAUCAAUGCUUGUUGGAUGUUGAAUGACCACAUGGAUUUUCCCAUAAUAAGUCAUUAGGAACCAACUGAGUAAUACAAACCAAAAGCAGAACCAAAGCAGGUCAAACAUUAAUGUGCCUUAUGAGCUCCCAAAGUGCUGGAAGGAUGAACUUUAAUCUAGCAAAGUUGUAAAAGAAUUCCCAAACCCACAUUCAUUUCCUUGGUCAUUCAUUCAUUCAACAACCAUUGCUUUUGGAUGAGUCACUUGACUCCUGACAUUUCUCAGUAUUUCUUUUGGUGGUGAGAACAGCUGUGAUGAGGGGGAAGGUGGGCAGCAUAUUAGCACAGUGGAAAAUACCCCAGAUCACAGAUCAGAAGACCCAAGUUCUGCUCUUCUCUCUUCUCAUAAUUUGCUGUGUGACUUUGGGCAAGUCUCUUCCCUGGGCUGUAGAAUGAAGUGACUUCUUUUGUCCUUCUAGCUUUGACCUUCCAUAAAUAGCUGGUCUUGCUCUUAAUAAAAAAGCAAAAACAAACAAAAAACAACCAAUGAAAGCAACCCCCAACUUGCUUACAAUUUACUUAAGGGGUCUUCACUUCAUCAAAACCUGAACAUCAUCUCCCCAGAUUAGACAAUGAUUAAUGCCCCUGCUUGGCCUAACUUUGGAGCAGAUGACCACCCCUCUCCCACUGGCUACAGGCUUGUUACUGAGCUCCCCAGUAACUCUUCAUGCUUCAGGAGUUUGCUGCCUGGCAGAUGGAUGCACUUCCUUUUCUCCUCAGAGGUUAGGUUUGGGUACCAACUCUGGGACCUUCUUUAUUUUUAUGGAAUUGUCCUUUGUGGUCUUGGUUACGUGGUUGGGUAAGUUGAGGCAAGUCGAGAGAUGCUCCUCCUGUGGUCCCCCCACUGUGGCAAACUUGAGUGAAGGGGUACAUGGCCCUGAACACCUGGGCCUGGUCAGUCUUCAUCAGCCCUCGAUGAUCACGUGCUCUCAGUCAAACGUCAGAUUCUCUUCUGGCAUCAUCAAACCCUGGAUUCCAAGUGGGGCCAUUUUGCAAAGUCGCAGAUGCAAGGAAGGACUGAUUGGAAAACAGAAACAGGCGUGUUCUCUGAUUUGUUGAAUUUUGUAACGGGAGGCAGGCCUUGGAAAGUCAUGGAUGGGAUGACAAUGGACUCUGUACUCUCAUCAAAUAAAAGCACUAUUCAUUCCUCCA